UUCCCAUUUAAAAGACCCAAGUGCAAUUUGGCCCGGGGCCAGAUCCGUGCCCUUCAAAGCCAUCAUGUAACGCCCCGUUAAUGCCCUCCUUUCUUCGUUAAUGCCCCGUUCUUAAACCCUAAAGAAAUGAAGCUUCUUCUCUCGACCAUACUGAACUCUGCAAACGUCAAAUCCACUGUCCAAAGCUCGUUGAAGCGUUUUUGUACCUCAGCUUCUUCAGUGAAGCCACGCUAUGGUUCUGACCGUCUCUACAAGAGAAUUUCACCCAUUGGUGACCCAAAUGUCUCUGUCCGCCCGAUUCUCGAUCAGUGGAUCGAAGAAGGAAAGCAUGCUGACAAAUCUGAUCUUCAUAGAAUCAUCAAAGAGCUUACUCGUUUCAGAAGAUAUAAACAUGCCCUUGAGGUUUCAGAAUGGAUGGAUGAAAAAGAAUAUAUUUCGAUGGAUUCUCUCUAUGAUGCCGCACGGAUGAAUUUGAUCUUCAAAGUUCACGGAGUAGAACAGGUUGAGCAAUAUUUUAAUGAUAAAAUAUGUUCUCAAUCCAAAUUCCAUCAUUUACGCCAUAUUCCCCAUAUAGCACUUCUCAAUUGCUACGCCCGUGCAAAAUCUCUGGAAAAGGCAGAAGUCACCAUGCAAAAGCUAAGGGAUAUGGGAUGGACCAAGGCACCCUUACCAUACAAUAUUAUGAUGAACCUCUACUCUAGUUUGGGAAAAUGGGAAAAACUUGAUGAGUUAAUGAAUGAAAUGGACAAAAAGGGUCUGUCUUAUGACAGGUACACUGUUUGUAUCCGCCUAAAUGCAUAUGCUGCUGCUGGUGACUGUGAUGGAAUAGAUAAAACAGUUGAGAUGAUGGAAUCUAAUCCAAAGAUCACUCUAAAUUGGAAUUCGUACAGUGCCAUAGUGGAAGGGUAUAUGAAAGUCGGGCAGUUAGACAAAGCUCUGGAAAUGAUGAAGAAGCUCGAGGGAUUGAUACCUUCCAGGACGGACGAAAAUUCCUCCGCAUAUACUUAUUUGUUGACAAAAUAUGCAGUUCUUGGAAAUAAAGAAGAAGUUUACAGGAUAUGGGAUUUGUUCAAGGAGAAAGAAAAAAAGAUCAAUAAUAAGGGGUACAUGAGCAUGAUGGGUGCUUUAUCAAUAUUAGACGACAUAGAAGGCCUACAGAAGAUCUUUGGAGAAUGGGAAUCAAAGGGUUUAUCCUAUGAUUUUCGCAUUCCAAACCACCUAAUUGAAGCUUACUGUAGAAAAGGUCUUCUGGAGAAGGCCGAAGAACUUCUGGAAAGAGGGAUGAGUGAAAGUCGAGGGGUCCCUUCAGUUGCAACAUGGUGUCACUUGGCAGGAGGGUAUCUCAUGGAUGAUCAAGUGCCAAAAGCUCUUGAAGCUUUGCGCAAAGCUGUAGCAGUGUGUCCGCCUAAUUUUAAUAAGGAUACAUUGAAUAUAUGUGUGGAAUAUCUGAAAAAACAGGGGAAUGUGGAGAAUGCUGAGGAAUUCAUAAAUUCUUUAGAGGGUAUACGUGCUUUCUCGCCAUUAUUUUGUGAUAAGCUGUUCUUUUUCAUCAAGGACAGGCAACUCUAAGCCUGAUUACAUUGAACAAGGAAUGUGUUGCUUUUGUCAGUUUUUUAGGGGUGACUGGUUUUUUAGAUGGAGAUGGGAAGGGUGCUUUUGUAGUAGAAGGGUUUUUGCACAUUGCAACUUGCUAGGGAUAAUCGGAAACGCAUCAACUGGUUUCUUCAUCGCCUACAGAAAGCACCAUUGGGUACUUGAAGAUCAUUUCAUUGUAUUGAAGCCGUUUGAAUCUCUACAUUUGUCAAUGCAAGUACGAUCUCGAUUAUUGCUAUAUGUAAUUAACAAUUAGAAAAAAUUAUAGACGAUCAUAUUUUCAAAUUUACAUUGAGUUAGUUUUCAGCUUUUCAUUACUAAUAAAUAAAAUAAAAUCAAACUACUAAA